UUCGGAAGGCAAGGGGAUGGGGGGCUGGUAGUAGAUUCACAGAUCAGUAGCGGGGAUGAAGGGCUACACCUGACAUGGGAGGCUGCGAGGCUGUAUUAUUUGAUCAAGAUUCCAGCUACGCAGCACUCCAGUAGAAGUACGUCAAAGUUCUGCGGAUUGAGGGCGAAUGCUGUAAUGUUGUUCAGUCCAGCCUCUGGUGUUCGCUGCCUCACCGAUUAAAAUACUGAGCUUCUCUUUGUUUCCCCCUUCCCAGCCCAAAACUAGAGACGAGAUCUGGUGGAGAGAGCGACGGAGGAGGAGUCUCGCGCUCACGAAGAGCUGAUUAUGGAGAAGCAUCUGAGAGAGGCAAAGAUCCGAAAUCUGGAAGUGGCACUGGAGGAAGGCAGAAGGAAAUUCUUGGAGGAGGAUAAAGCCAUGGCUCGUAAGCUGCAGGAGCGGCAACGUUCACUGAGAGAAGAGUACCAGAUGAAGACUGCAGCUAUGGAGCGGCAGAUUAAAGCCCAGCACGAGAAACCAGAUCUGAUGGUCAGAGUGAGGGAGGAUGAAUCUCGGGCUCAUCAUGCGCUGAUUGAGGAGACCCGUCUGCUUGAGGAAAAGAUCCGACUCCUGGAAGCGUCUCUGUUUGAAGAGAAAAAGAAGUCGCUGAAGAAGCCGGAGGCCAUAGCUCAUACAAUGCAGGAACAGCAACGUUCACUUAGACAAGAGUUCCAGGAGAAGGCUACAGCGAUGGAGCAGGAGAUUAGAGCUCAACACGAGAAAAUAGAAUUGGUGCAGAGAGAGAGAGAUGAAGAAUCUUGGGCUCACCAACAGCUGAUUCAGAAGACGCGUCUGAAAGAGGAAAUGAUCCGACACCUUGAAGCGAAUCUGGAGGAAGAGAAACGGAUCACACUGGAAGAGCAGAGAGCCACAUCUAGAAAAUUGCAAGAGCAGCAACGUUCACUGAGAAAAGAGUUCCAAGAGAAGUCUGUGGUGAUGGAGCGGCAGAUUAGAGAUGAAGCUUUUAUCAGAGCUCAACAGGAGAAACAAAAACGAGACGAGAGAAUUAUUGUGGAGGAAUCUCGGAUUCACAAACAGCUGAUUGAAGAGAAGCAUUUGAGCGAGGAAAAGAUCCAACACCUGGAAUUCGCUCUCGAAGAAGAAAAACUGAAGACAUUGGAGGAGAAGAAAGCCACAGCGAGUAAAUUGGAUGAGCUACAUCGUUUACUGAGCCAAGAGUUUCAAGAGAUGACUAAAGAGAAGGAGCGGCAGAUUAGAGAUGAAACUUAUGGUGGAUAUGUGGCCUAUCGGAGAGGUGAAGCAUGUGAUGGAGGUGAGGCCUGUGGGAGAUGUGAAGCCUGUAGGGCACGUCAAGCCUAUGGGGGAGGUGAGGCCCAUGGGGCAGGUGAGGCCUGUGUGGAAGAUUCUGACGCCUCAUAUCAUCUCUACCAAAUGGGGCUGAUCUCAAUUCUCUUGCUCCUCACAAAUCCGGGACUGUGGCUCUGGCGCAAAAAACAACAGACAAUUCUCUCCGUUCAAGUGGGUCUGUCAAAGAAAGUGAAUCAAGUAACAAAAUGGCUGAGUAGGAAACACAAAAAUAGCCCUCAAGCGCUUAAAUUCCGUGAUGUUCCACUGAUCAUAGAGAAAUCACAUUAUUCACUUAAUGUGAUACAUAACGGUGAGUAUGUGGACGUGGGGGCGAGUCCUUGGGGUGACCCGAAUGUUUUACCAUCAUCUCCUGGAACAGGGAAGGAAUAAUCACUCCCAUGUUCCUCAUUCUCCUGAAACACCGGAUUCAGCAAUAAGGGGCCAGUCUGGCUCAAUUAGCGUCACUCUUCCUUCUAAGUCAGAUUUUGGGUUGAACCUCAUUGUGGAGGCACACUUUAAUUACUAGCUCUUCUGAACGUCCGACGUGGAGCAGUGACAGGUGCAAGAAAAACUGAGAAAUGGAAAUUCUUCCUCUUUGGAUUUGGCUCUCUCCUCGCCGCAGAGAAUCUCCCUUCAUUUAUGGGGACAAAAGUCUUUCUUCGUAAUGGAGCUUGCAGAAGUGAACAUUCUUUGACUGGGAAAAUGUUUCCCAAAGAGACGGAUGAGGUUAAAGGCUGAUCCUUUUUUAACUGUUAAUAAUGAGAGUCUGUGUCUAUGACAGUGGGUGUAUUAGCACAAUAUGUAUAGGUAAUAGUGGGUUUAUUAUCACAAGCUCUGUAUGUAACAGUCGGGGAAUUAUCACAGAGUCUGUGUGUGUAACUGUUGGGGCUUUAUCACAGAUUCUGUGUAUGUGACAGUGGUGGGGAAGCUGGGGUUGGAAUAUUAUCACAAUGUCAGCGUAUGUGACAAUCGGUCGCAUAUUACCUACUGGAGGCAGUAUCACCUCUACAAUCUAUAUAUAAAGGUGAAGAAACAAAAAGUGACCAAACAUCCAAGGGCAAGACGAGCUGUUCACUGUGCACUGAGGCUAGCGAGCCACACUUCCAUUUUGCUUUCCACACACUGUAUGAAUCAUUUGUUGUGCUCGGAUCGCUCGACUAAAGUGUAGCGUUGAUACUCACUGAAUUCUACAUUUCUGGUGGUGGUGGGACUUUAUUCGGUUGUAAAGUCACACCACAUCUUGUACCAUUUCCCCAUCUCUCUGCUCCAAUUUGUCUUUUCCUAGUUUCGCUCUUACGUAUCCAAAAGAGGCCACUUCAUUUCCGCCAACAGAUUCUCCUCCCGCAUUUUCACGUGUUAUAUUACUCCUGGCUAUAGCCUCGGUCCUCUCUUCUUUUAUGACUGUAUGCUCUUAGUUGUUCAUCCGCAGGCAUGAGGCUAACGUGCUUGCUGAUUUAAAGUGCGUGGGGAUAACAACAAACUCUAUCUCUCUGCCUCCUCCUCGCUACCAAGACCACUGCUAUCAGACGUUCAGUCCUGGAUAAGACCUAACUUUAUUGAGUUCCCACACAAGAGAAAGAAUCUCCUGCUUGGCUUCUAACAACCUCCUCAUUUCAGACAAACUUCACCUCAUGGAGUCAGGGUGGAACCUCGGUGACAAUUUCCAAUCUCAACUGUCCUUUAAACUCCAUCUGUGUAACAUCGCCUGCCUCCACUAUUACCUCUCCCCCAGGCUUCUGAGACCAUUAUAAUUCUGAUAAUAGUCCGUGCUUUUGUCACAGUGAUGUAUUAUAUAGUCGAGAUAUCUAAAAGCGCCUCAGAUGAUAUAACGGAAACUGAAUUCAGGUGUCCAUGGGCAAAAUGCGGCAUCCAAUGAGCGCAGAGUAGUUUUGCAUAAUCAGUUCAGAAAUGAGUGACUACUUUGUUUGGGGGACUGCUGGUUGGGAGACAUUCCCUUCACUUUUCAAGUUGCGCCAUAUGAACUUUAACAUAUGCCUGAGCAGAUACACAUGAUCUCGGUUUAUUGUCUCACCGAAAGGAAAGCACCUCUGAGAAAGGAGUGCCGAUUCAGCACUGGUUUGCAGAGUCAUCUAAUAUUUUAUGAAACCAAGUCCCGAUGUGCGAUUUGAAAAGAAGAGUUCUACCACUGAGCCAGGCUGGCACACGAUUUAUCCAAACUUUCGUCAUGUUCAAGCUUGACAACGCCAAAAAUCUGCUUGUUGGAAUUCCCAAUUUUUCCUUCGACAGGCUCCAUAAUAAUCAGAAAUCUAACGUUCGUAUCCUCUCCCACAACAGGCUUCAUGACUGUAUUGCCCCAUUCCUCCCCCUGGUCCACUGGCUCCCCAUCCCCCAGAGCACAGAUCUUAAGAUGCUCGUCUUCAUUUUUAAAUCCUCAACAGUCCCAUCAUACAUUGUUGAGCUUUUAAAACACUACGUAUCAGCCCGCUGCUUCCGCUUGGUAGCAAUGGCCUGCUUCAUAUUCAUCAUCCUGCCUUCCUAAAAGCAGCAUUCAGCUUUCUAGAAUUCUAUCCCAGAUUCCCCUCGUCUCCUUCAAGAUCCUUCUCAAGAGGGUACUUUUUAUUUACGCCUUUGGUUAUCUCCCCACGCCUAUGGUCCCACGUUUCCAUGAAUCCAACCUCCAACUCAGAUGCAAACCUGUGACUGCAGCUCUUUGGGACGUCCUUCUGAUGUGAAAGGUGCUAUUAAGUAGAUGGUUAUCAGUUUUAAGUUUAUUGCUGGACAUUGUGUGAUAAAAAGUGAAGUUUUAUACUGCUUUUGUACUUUCUUAUAACAAAAAUACCAUUUGUUUCCCUUCAUUAUAAUAAACGAUUAUUGGAUC